UCAUAAAUGUUGCAAUGUAUACAUUUUACAUGCGAACAAAGAGACAGACGAGCACUUGGCUUAUAUAAUACGCUUGUCAACUCUACCGUGUCUUAGAGUGAACACAAAGUCAAAGCGUACGCAUCUUACCAAUUACCUCGCGAGCAAAUUUCGAUUAAUCAGGUACCACGAGAAUUUCACUAGGACUGCAUAUACAUAAACAAGGAUAGUGCUUAUUAACCGGGAGCAUUUUGUGAAGACAUGACAGGGAAGGGUGAUGUUAUGGACGACCUGUGUCCCUUAACUACUGGAAUAUACUCUCUCUUGUUACCUACAAAUGAGGAGGACGUACGGCAGACACUCUUCGAGCUCGAACGGUACCUCAACACUGGUACAACGCAAAAUGACGUCACAUCCCAGCCCGCAAAGACUAUUGGGAGCGUGGCGCCACUCGACAGCGCACGCGCAGUGACGACAUCGAGCGACUGUCUGUACUCGAUGAGCAACGCUGCCCAGAAGAGCUUCCCGACUUCGAGUGAGCAAUACUUCCGGUACCAGCCCAACGACGCAUCACUUCCGGUCCGUUUUGACCAGCCAUGCGGUCAAUUUACGGAGGCUUUGAAGGACUUCAGCAAAAGAAGUAUGUUCAAGCAAAAUAGAUUCGCAACAAAUCAGAUGGCAUUUCCGGUAAAACAAAACCCUGUGGUGGAGCAGAGUGCAUUCUGGGAUAGCCCUGACUCGUGGGUUAACGUCUGUUCAAAUGAUAACGUUGGCUUUGGAGUAAGCUAUGCAACGACUUCGUCAUCUAAUGCAACAUUAUUCCAGAAGGAAAGUUUCAAUGUGGCAAACGCGCCCACAACAACUAGUCCUGGAACGGUACAAAAAAGUACAGGGCUUAGCACGGGUGGCCUGUGUCAGAUAGGCAUGGGUACGAGUAAUUCAGCCAUCGAGAGUUCCUCUGCAGAUACAUACUCACAGUAUAAAUUCGCCAUGACUCAAUUUGAAGAAAAUCCCAUUGCGCCUUACGGACAGGCAUUCGGACUAACCAAACAGCUUGAAAUAAACACUUACAAAAACACCACGAACGAUUUAUCAAAGGAAACCGAAAAUCGUGAGCUGUUCGACAUGGACACUGGGAAAGAAACUUCACAAACUCAAAUGAUAGAGGGUGUUAACUAUCUAGGCAAUGAUCCCGAACCUACGGACAUAAUGGAAACAAUUAAUGGCCCUAGUCAGGUGUUAGAUGGUACUAAUCACGUGCUAAGGGAGUCUGAUCACGUGCUUAGAGAUUCCAAACACGUGCUAAGGGAGUCCAAUCACGUGCAAGUUGAUUCAUGUCACGUGGCAGGUGAUCCUUAUUACACUGAUCGCCGAGGGUCAGACUUGAGUGAAUCCAGUUUCGCGAGUCCUGCCAGCAGUAAAGGCUCAAGCGCUAGUGACUCGGACAGCGAUAAUUCUUCCCUCAUUCGCGCUCAUUCGCCCGAGUAUCUAGAUUCAAACUUACAAGGAGAUGUUGCGGGAAACACUCGUGAUUUCGGGUGUUACACAAAACUUUCCAAACCACCUCAAAUCACGCCACAAAAACGCUUGCCAAAUGCGGAUAAACCAUUCUACUGUCCAUGGCGGAACUGCGGCUGGAAAUUUCGCAGAUCGGACGAAUUGAAGCGACAUUAUAGACGCCAUACUGGGGAAAAACCUUACGCAUGCCCACUGUGCGGAAGGGCGUUCAGUCGAUCUGAUCAUAGAGCGUCGCACAUGCGUAAGCUCCAUCCGAACUGUCUAACGCCGGCGAACUAAUCUUCGUUUAUGACACUCGUGUUUAUUUUGCGUAGCGCGCGCUACUCUGGCAAUCUUGGGAGCUCUAGGAAGUUAACUAGUUAGCAUGCUUGUCAAUCAGAGUUAUGAUUCCCAAGUGCUAAUUAGCCAGUUUUCUAAAACUUUGUCUUGGUUACCAUGGUAGCGCUAGUCGUCGUCAAGAGUAAAUUUACAUCAUAAAGUCGAAUCAAAUAUAGGUGAUUUGGGAACUGUGCGACCUUACGGUUUUGCUUGGACUUCUAUUACUAGAUAAAACGUUUGACGGAUCUCUGAGUGCAGACCUUUGAACAGAUACUGUUCCUUUGAACAGAUACUCUUCCUUUGAACAGAUACUAUUUGUAAAGAAGAUUUAACAUAAAAUGUUAAAACAUUGGCCCCAUAAUGUUGUUUAAAAUUAAAGAACAAAACAAAA